UUCCUCUUCCACAGGAGAAAUGACGUCCUUAUGAUGACUCCAUGGUUUGCACCAAUAGUUUGGGAAGGGACCUACAACAUCGAGAUCCUGAAUGAGCAGUUCCGACAAAGGAAUGUCACUGUAGGACUCACGGUUUUUGCGAUCAAAAAGUAUGUCGUGUUCCUCCAGAAAUUUUUAGAAACCGCAGAGAUGUAUUUUAUGGUUGGAUAUAAGGUGAACUAUUACAUUUUCACAGACAGACCACAAGAAGUUCCUAAAGUUGAGCUCAAAGAAGGAAGGAACGUAGUAGUUCUGAAAGUCCAAAACUACUCGAGGUGGCAAGAAAUCUCUAUGCGACGCAUGGAAAUGAUCAACCACUUUUCUCAGAAUCAGUUCAUUAAUGAGGUCGACUACCUUGUGUGUGUUGAUAUAGACAUGAGGUUUAAUGACCAAGUUGGAGUAGAAAUCCUGAGCAACUUGUUUGGCACACUACACCCAGGAUUCUAUGCUGCAGAGCGUCAGUCUUUCUCCUGUGAACGUCGACCUGUUUCUCAAGCUUAUGUGCCCCAUGAUGAGGGUGACUUCUACUAUAUGGGAGCAUUUUUUGGAGGAACAGUAAAGGAGAUUUACAAGCUGACCAAGAAAUGCCAUGAAGCCAUCAUGGUGGACAAAGACAAUGGAAUUGAGGCAGUAUGGCAAGAAGAGAGUCACUUAAACAAGUAUUUUGUUUACCACAAACCAACUAAAAUACUUUCCCCAGAAUACCUGUGGGAUGACAAUAUAGGUAGGCCAGAGAUCCUUAGGAAAAGGAGGUUUCUUGCUGUACCAAAGAACCAUACUGCAAUCAGAAAUAAAUGAAAUUCUUCUCUGACUGGUCUUAGUGUUGUGGUGGGCAAUCUGCAGGACAAAUGUGGCCCAAAGUAAUUUGAUGUUGCUGAUGUUGAUCAUUUGCAGGCACCACACAUCACAGCUCCUAUUGGCCAAGAACAGAGAAGGGCAUCCACGGAAUGCUAUAGGGGUGGUGCGCACAGUCAAUGCUAGCAAAAUCUGUCGUGGCCUGUAAUCAGAUUAACCUGAAGGGCCACAGGUUGCCCGCCACGAUCUUAGUUCAAACUUACCUAAAUGAUAUUGCAGGUUUCCUUGGUUGAUGAGAAUAUUCCCAUUAGAGAUGACGAUCUAAAAUAGCGGUGGAUAGAGUGCAAAGAACCACAUAUUAUAUAUUUAUUUUUAUAUAUCUACCUAUAUAGGUGCCGGUACUCCGGGGGCGAAGUUGUUGAGUCUAAAACCACGUGUCCCAGUCGCUCCAGGAAAAGAGGUGCAUGCAAUUCAUUUAGGUUAUGCAGAUAUAUAUAGUACACAAAAUAUAGCGAUGAAAAUAACAGUACAGGAAAUUUCGGACAAGAGCCACUCUCACUAGAUUGAAACAGGAGGUGCGGGCUUUGG